UGGCGUUACAACAAGGAUAAUUUAAAUUAAAAGCACAGAUCGGAAUGGAUAAGGACCAGUCUACGGACGGCGAAGUUCGUCCACCGCCUUUCGUUUCGACGGCGCCGACGACUUCUUCUUGGCUAAAGGUGCGGGUGUGUCAUGGGAUGAUCGCGUUGUUCGUCCAGAAGAAACUGGGAGACGUUUGGAAGAUUUUGCCUUGGCCUUUGGUCGCCCGCCAUUCGGAGAGACGCAGAGGAUGCCCAUGGCACAACUUAAUCCCGUGUUGGCAAUGGCAAAAUGCGAUGAAAAUGCAGUUGAAAUCAUAGGAGGCGUGAGGACGAGGUCGUCGUCUUCGUCGUCCAGGGAGCUAGACAAUGGCUGGUUGUCCACCGGAGAAAUGUACGUGACGUUGUCGUACGAGGCAGCACUGAGGUGGGACAUGUCCUCCAUGGUCGACACCGCACGAAAGACAGCGUUGUCGACAUGUGGGAAGCAAGAGGUCGACAUAGCGGAGCUGUCUAUGAUGGGUAGACUGUUGACCGCUCCUCCCCAUUCCGCUUCGUAGGACGCCAUCCGAGCGUCGUACAGGGCCGAUUUGACAAUUCCGAACUUGAGCCAGUUCUGUUCGAACUCCAUGGCUUCAGGAAUGAGCUCAGCCGGAACGUGUACGCCGCACUUGGGGGUCCACGUGCGACAGUUGAGUGUCGAUGAUGCGAUGAUAGUGUGCAUGGUCAAGGCAAAUGAAAA